UGAGUCCCAGCAGAUCCCAGUUCUUUAAGGAUGAAUCAGUGACUCUGAUCUGUGAGGAUGGAUGGACAGUGAGGAGAAACACCAGCAGAGGAACCAGGAAGCCAUGUGAAGGAUGGGGGAAAUUAAACGGUUCUACCUGUAACAUGAGCUUCAUGCAUCCAUCAGAUACUGGUCUGUACUGGUGUGAGUCUGGAUCCUCCAGCAGCAGCAGCAGCAGCAGCAGCAGCAGCAGCAGCUGCAGCAGCAGCAGCAGCUGCAGCAUCCAGCUCUCUGUCUCUGGAUCAGUGAUCCUGCAGAGUCCUGUCCUCCCUGUGAUGGAGGGAGAUGACGUCACUCUGAGCUGCAGAGCAAGGAAUCCAACCCACAACCUCCCAGCUGCUUUCUAUAAAGAUGGCUCCUUCAUUGGUGAUGGAUCAGCAGGCAGCAUGACCCUCCUCCAUGUUUCCAGCUCUGAUGAAGGCCUCUAUAAAUGUAGCAUCAGCGGUUCUGGAGAGUCUCCAUCCAGCAGGUCUCUGUCAAAGGUCAGAGAGAAACCAUCAACCACAUCGUCUCCAUCAACUCCUCCUCCAUCAUCAUCAUCUUCCUCUUCAUCUUCCUCCCAUUUUCUCCUCUAUGGUCCUUUGUCUCUAUCAGCUGCUGUUCUGGUUCUACUGGUUCUACUGGUUCUACUGGUCAAACGUCACAUUAACAGGAAAUCUAAAGAUAAUGAUGCAGAUGGAGAUGAAAUCAUAAUUUACAGUGAUGUUCAAAUAUUACAGGAAACAACAGAAACAACCAAAUGGAGAAAUUGAUCCGUCUGCAGUGGUUUCCACGGUGGCGACAGAUGAAGUCAGUUAUGGACAGAUCAUCAUCAGAGAAACCAAAAGAGAUCACAAACCAGAACCAAAAGUAGUUUAUUCCACCCUGAGGUAAUCCUCCAGGUCCAGCAGGAACCGCCAGCGGUCUAGUUAAAGCACAGAACCAUCCAUCAACUCCUGGUGAAUAUUGAACCAAAUGAAUGUAUUUAAUGUUUCAGACUCAUGUUUCAGUAAUUCACUGUUUUUAUUGGAAACAUCUGAAAACCUCAGCAGAUCCAUUGUUUAACCAGUUUAACCAGUAUAACAUGUUUAACUGGUUUAAGCUGCGGUUCUGCAGCUUGUUGCUAACAUGAUGUUUCUGUUUCUCUGUCUGUGGUUCACCAGUGGAAACUUUUAUUCACAGCAGCAGGUGAGAAAAACUGAACUGAAACCGCAGAACAAACCUGUUAAAACUAAAAAAAUAAAAAUCCCUCAAGGUGUCAAAGCAAAGCAGAUUCUUCAGAUUGUUUAUUGAUUUCAUCUAAAGAAAUCUGCAAUAAACUAGUUCAUGUUAAAUUCAGAGUCUCUGAACAUCAAUAUUAGAUAAAUAGUCCAGUUUAUUCUGGUUUUGUUGGUUCUUUACUUUUAUUCUGUUUGUCUUAAUUUGUUAAAUUAAAAAUAAACCACAAGAACAACUUUUUAGAAAUGUAUUUCAGUUGGAAAAUGUUUGAAAUGUCCCUUCAAAAUAAGUCAAUUAUAAAUCAAUAAUCACAAAAUGCAGCUGCUGAAAAUGACCUACAUUUAUUUUGAACUAUUUUCUGUUUUAUUAUUGCAUAAUAAGUGGAAGAAAAAUUAUGGUUUUAAAAUGUUUUUAUAAAUAAUCUGAAAAGUGCGGCAUGUAUUUGUAUUCAGCUUUUUGAAAUCCCUGAAUAAAAUCUAUCAAACAGCAUGAAGUCAUUUUAUUGGUAAAAACAUUUUAUAGAUAUGAUUUUAAUCCAGAUGUUCAGUUUCUGGUUUCCUCAGUUUGUUAGAGAAAAACCAGAAACAUUUUCAGAUAAUCAUAAGUUUAUGAUUUUCUUUCAAGUUUUAUGGAUUAUCUAAGAAUGUUUUCUGAUUUCUAAACUAAAUUUAAAUACAUUUGAUUUUGACUUACAAUGAAAAUCAUACAAACAGAUUAUAUUAGAUGAUAACAGGAGUCAACAUGUUACAGAGUUCAGAUUUAGAGGGUCACCUGACCUGAUGGUGGGAGGAGCUAAAGGUCAAAGGUCAAAUCUCAUCUGAUUCACAUGCAGCUCAGUUUUUACAUAAAUAUUAUUCUUUCUCUUCUGUGAUCUUUGUUGAAUCUGAACUUAUAGAGCAAA